AUGCCUGCGCCGCCUCCGCAGCCCGGCGGCACGGGCUCGGCGCCGCCGUCCGUGACCUUCGCCAACCCCGUCAUCCGGGGCUUCAACCCGGACCCGACCAUCUGCGUCGUCCCGGCCGACGCGGACACCGGCCAGCCGGCGACCUACUUCCUCAGCACCUCGACCUUUGAGUUCUUCCCGGGCUGCGCCAUCCACGCCUCGACCGACCUGCUCAACUGGCGGCUCAUCGGCCACGCCCUGACGCGCCGCAGCCAGAUCGACCUGCGCACCGUCGAGCCCGGCGCCGGCAGCUGGGCGAGCACGCUGCGCUACCGGCCGCGGGAGAAGAGGUGGUACCUCGCCAACGGCCUGUUUCAUAGGUAUCGGCCGGCGGAGCGCAUCUUCCCGCGCGGCUUCUACGUCUACACCGACAACAUCUGGGACGACAACGCCUGGUCCGACCCGGUCUACUUUGACAACCCGGGCUUCGAUCAAGAUCUCUUCUGGGACGACGCCACCUCAAAAGUCUACCUCUCCACCACGAUGCGCCUCGCCGCGCGGCCCGCCGGCUCGCGCCUCAAGGACUUCGCCAUCCACAUCUCCGAGGUCGACCUGCCCACGGGCCGGACCCUGACCCCGCCGGCGCCCAUCCGGGCGUCCCCGCACGGCAUCGCCGAGGGCUCGCACAUCGUCCGCCGGGGCCGGUUCUACUACCUCUUCACGGCGGAGGGGGGCACCGAGGCGGGACACCAGGAGUGGGUGCUGCGCAGCGACCGGGGCCCUCUGGGGCCCUGGGAGGCGCGGGCGGGGACGGGGGCGGGGGCGGGGGGCCCGCUGUGGUACAACGGUCCUGGGGAGGAGGUGCAGCGCACCGGCCACGCGGACGUGUUCGAGGACGGCGGGGGCCGGUGGUGGGCCGUGCUGCUGGGCGUCAGGCCCGUGUGGGACGCUGCGCGGGGGAGGUUCCUCGAGCCUCAGCUCGGUGAGUUCUUUUUGGUUUUCGUGGGAUGUGAUGUGAUGUGGGAAAGACUGACGCCCUCUCUCUCUCUCUCUCCGUCGUCAGGGCGAGAGACGUUCCUGGUCAAGGUGGACUGGGUAGACGACUGGCCCGUCUUCAACGAAGGCAAGAACAUCACUCUCCAGACCCGCGGCAGGGACGCCGUCCAGGCGCAGAGGUAUGCCAGGGAGGAUGGCUUGGUCUGGGAGGCUGACCUGUCCAAGACUGAGCUCGAGCUGGGGUGGUAUCAAAAGAACACACCUAUCAAGCAGACAUACAGCCUCACGGAACGGCCCGGCCACCUCAGAUUGUACGGCACAUGUUUCGAUCUGUCGAGCCCCGAGGCGCCAGCGAUGCUGCUGCGGAAGCAGGCGUCUUACAGUGACGCGUUCCACGCCAGGAUGCAGUUCAGCCCCAGCAAGGCCGGUUACGAGGCCGGUCUGGUGCUCUGGUGGAGCUGUUUCUCAUAUGCGGCCAUUGGUAUCACCAGAGUCGAGCUGCAGGAUGGCAGCGAAGAACUCCAGGUUGUAGCCAGGCGGCCUACUGGCGUUGCAGGGAAGGUCGAGUCCUUCAAGCCCCUGUUGGGGUCUGACGGUUGUUCGAAUCAGAUCCUUCCAAGGAAGCAAGUCAGUCUCGCGGUAGAGUGCUUCGAAACUGGCUACAGGUUGUCGCUGCAGAGCGGGACGGCAGUCGCAUCAUUUGAGAUACACGUCGAGGAUCUGACGGUCAUGCCGCCUGUGGGUGGUGCAUUCACGGGAGUCAUGUACGGCCUGUACGCUAUGGGCAACGGCGAGCCGGUGCUGGAUCCGGCCGACUUUAUUGGCUUGAAAGUCACGGACCUCUCUGUUAAGCAGUAA